UCUCUUUCUUUUACCUCUAAGAAGAAGAAAAAAGAAAAGGAAAAAAAUGGGUGUGGGCAAGGUGUGUGUUUGGUUAGUUAUAAUCGUGAUAGCCGGUGUGGGGUUAACAGAGGCUCAACCAGAGGCACAUUUCAAGUGUGCGACGGAGAACGCCACGUGUCGUGCACUCAUCGACUACACGAACCCAAACGGCACUACUCUGCGCCGCGUCCAAACCCUCUUCAGCGUGAAGCACCUCCCCGACAUCCUCGGCGCAAACAACCUCCCCAGCAACACCAACGGUAGCCACAAGGUGGGGCCCAACGAGGUUGUGAAGGUGCCGUUCCCGUGCAAGUGCAGUGACGGAACCGGUCUGUCGAACCAGGUUCCGGUUUACAAAAUCAGACCGGGCGACACACUGUUCGACAUAGCGACAACGGUGUUCGCGGGUUUGUUGAAGUACCAGCAGAUCCAAACGGCGAAUAUAAAAAAGAUACCUGACGCAAAUAACAUAACUGCUGGGGAUAAGAUUUGGAUUCCCCUCCCUUGUAGCUGCGAUCAGGUAGGUGGCAGCAGUGUGGUGCACUAUGCACAUGUGGUGGAGUCAGGGAACACCAUGGGUGGUAUUGCUCAACAAUAUGGUACCACUGAACAGAUUCUCCUCACCAUUAAUGGGAUUACUGAUCCCAAAUCCCUUCAGGCCGGUCAAAUUCUUGAUGUUCCCCUUCAAGCUUGUUCCUCGAAUGUGAGAAAUGACUCAUUGGACUCCCCUUUGCUUGUUGCCAAUGGUACUUACGUUUACACUGCUAAUGAAUGCGUGAAAUGCAAGUGCGACUCCAGUAACAAAUUUAUAUUACAAUGUGAGCCAUCCCAAUUGAAACCGAUAAAUUGGCGUGUUUGCCCCUCCAUGGAAUGCUCAACGAAUGUCUCCAUUGGCAAUACUACAUCUGUGAAUUCCUGCAAUAGCACAACAUGUGCCUACGCUGGUUAUACCUCCCUUAAUAUCUCUACCAUUCUUGCAACUCAGGACACUUGUGCUGUACCACCUGGUGCUUCAGGAGGAUCAAAUGCUGGUUCAGGAGCAUCAAAGAGCACCUUGCCAGGCUUGGUUUGGAGUAAUCUUUUCAUUCUCAUUCACUUCGUCCUCUUUUUUGUCUAUCUUUUGUGAUCAAAUACCCUACACCCAUUUUUUUUUUCUUCUUCUAUGAAUUAGUCAGUCCACUCUGUAAUUUUCUAUGUUCAGAUUGAUUGUUUUGUGUUGAGUGUCGCCGCACGUGAACCUUUUCUGUUUUGUCCUUUAUAAUCUUUGUAACUUUAACAUGUUUGGAAGAAUAAGAGUAAUAUCUGAAAAUAUUAUA